AUGGCAUAUAGUGAUCGACAUGAAUGGAGUAUAUCCUCAUUUUCCGAUACGUUAUAUUCAUCAGAUGUUGAUGAAUCGAGCCAACCUUGUCCUCUUCUAUCAUCAUCUCUUACUUCAACAUUAUUGAUUUCUAACACUAACAAUCAUAGUCUUGCUAUCAGUACUGACACCAUCUCAUCAUCAGCAUUCUAUUCAAAGGAAGAAGACAAGGCAACACAUGUGUUAUCAUUUUCUUCAUUAGAUCAUUCGCAUGAUUAUUAUACAAAAAAACGUAUUGAACAAUUACAUGACCGUAUGGAUGAUAUUCAAAUUUCGAGUUUUUUAAAAUUUAUUAAUUAUCAUUUAUCAUUUCGCACCGAACAAAAAUUUGUUCAAGAUUUAUCACAAGAUUUAUCUAAUGGACAUAUAUUAAUUGAUUUAAUUGAAAUAUUUUCAUCUAAAAAAUUAAAGCGUGAAUAUGGUCGUACACGUUUUCAUUCAUUAACAAAUGUUCAAUAUGUAUUAGAUUAUUUAAAAUUACAUAUGCAACAUAUAAAUAUCUCACCACAUGAUAUUGUUUCAGGUAAUCGUAAACAAAUUUUAGCAUUACUUUGGAUAAUUAUGAAAAUAUUUGAUUUUCCAUCAUUUCGUUUAACAACAAAUAAACAUUUAUUUCAAGAGAAUACACUUUUUUCAUUUGGACAAGAUCGUAGUAUAUUAAUUAAAUGGAUAAAUAAUUUAUUAAAUAAAAUUUUGAAUACAAAUAUUAUUUAUAUAAAAGAUUUUUAUUUACAAACAUGGAUUGAUUGUUCAUAUUUAUCAAUAAUUAUAAAAUAUUUAUGUCCAUUUAGUUUAAAAUAUGAUACAUUAGAAUAUUUUGAUUAUUUAAAACAAAUUAAUGAAUUUAAUUAUAUUGAUCAACAACAAGAACGUUUUGAUUUAUAUUUAAAUUUAUCAAAUUAUUGUUUUAAUACAAUAUCAACAAUUGAUUAUACAGAUCGUACAGAAAAAAGUUUAUUUCGAUUUUUUUCAGAAUUACAUGCAAAUAUUUUAUUUAUUCUUAAAUCGAAUCAUAUUGGAAAAUUAAGUAAAACAAAUUUAUAUACAAAACAAUUACUCGAUACUGUUUUAGAAACAACAUUAUCAGAGCAUUCACAGAUGAUAAAUGAAGAUGAAGAUUAUUUAAUUUGUAUUCAAGAUAAACAAUAUCAAUGGAAUGAUAAAGAGAAUUUACAAAGUUUAACGGAUGAUUUAUGUAAUGAUGAAAUUUUUAAAAAAGAAAUCGAUCCAAUAUCAACAGAAAAAUCUGAUCAAAUUAUAUUUCGAUCAAAAAAUUUUGAAGAACCUAUUAUUAAUAUACAAUCCAUAUUAUCUCCUAUUGAUAUAACAAAUAUUAUUCAAGAACAACAAUUAUGUACCCAAAAUUUAUCCGAAAUCUUCUCUUCUAUUAAUGAUGAAUGUCAAAAUGCAUUACGUUCUCGUAAACCAAAAAAGAAAAAAUCCAUAAUGUCAAUUGAAAAAUCUUUAUCAACAACAAUUCCACCAACAAAUUCUAAUAGUGAUUUAUUUCUGAAAUUAAUUGAAUGUUUACGUGAUUCAAAAUUAAUUACGUUCAAAUAUAUAUGUAUUCUUGCAUGUCUAUGUUUUUCAAUACUUAUUAUACUUAUUCAUAAGUGA